AUGGCAGGCCAACUGCUGGCCACUCAACUGCAGGAGGAUGUGACCUGUCCCAUCUGCAUGGAAAUUCUACAAGAUCCUGUCACCAUUGACUGUGGGCACAACUUCUGCUUGCAGUGUAUCAGUCAUGUUGCAAAAACGUCAGAAAAUCUCCAAUGUCCUCUCUGCAAAUGCUUUGUGAAAAAGAAUACCUUCAGGCCCAAUAAGCUGCUGGCUAGUAUCGCAGAGAAGAUCCAGACCAUGGGUCCUGCUGACAUCCAUCUAGAAGGGGGAGAAUCAAGAUGUCAGAAGCACAAGGAAAAGCUACACUACUUCUGCGAGAAGGAUGGGGCGUUCCUCUGUGUGGUGUGUCGUGACUCCAAGGACCACAAAGCCCACCAUGUCACCUUGAUAGACGAGGCUGCCCAGAACUACAAGGUGCAGAUUGAGUCACAGGCCCGGGAUUUGGGGCAAAAGGACAAAGAAAUAAUUGAAGAGAAAAAACGAGGUGAAGGGGCCAUCUGGGCAUUCAGGGCCCAGGUGGAUCUAGAGAAACUAAAGAUCCUAGAGGAGUUCAAGCUCCUGCGCCGUGGACUGGACGAGGAAGAGAGUUUCCUCCUGUCCAGGCUGAGCUGGCUGGAGCAGCAGGGAGCCAAACAGUUGGGACAAUAUGUCAGUGCAACAGAGAAGCAACUGAGCUCCCUAAGGAAGCUCACUAAGUCCUUGAAAACAAGGCUGCAAUCAUCAUCCAUGGAGCUACUAAAGGAUAUUAAAGACGACUUGAGCAGGGGUAAGGAAUUUCAGUUUCUCAACCCAACUCCAGUUCCUGUGGACCUGGAGAAAAAACACAGUGAAGCAAAAGCAAGAUAUGAGUCCAUUAAAAAAACCCUAACAGAACUCAGAGAUAAUAUGCAUGCUGAAGGAAAGAAAGAUAAAAGCGAAUUCACGAACAGCCUGAAUAGAGCAGAAAAGGAGAGCUGGAGCCUGUUACAGAAGAAUAGCUCAAUGUUGCUCACCUCAGUCCCUGUGACCCUGGACAAGGCCUCAGCUGACCCAGACCUCACUUUUUCUCAGGAUGCAAAGAAAGUGACCUUGUAUAUUACAGCUGGAAAAGCUUCCAGUAGGCAGGCCAAACCUCGGCCAUUCUAUCCUUUCCACUGUGUGAGGGGUUCCCCAGGCCUCUCCUCGGGCCGCCUGGUAUGGGAGGCAGAAAUUCAGGGGCCCUCAAGUGGGGCAUGCAUGGUAGGCGUGGCUACAGCGUCGGCGCCAUGGUCCCAGAGUCAAAACUUGAGCAUGAAGAGCUGCAUAUGGGCACUGCGGAUCUCACCCUCUGGAUGUCAGCCAUUCACCAACUGUAAAGCCCAGGAACAUCUCCCGGUCUGUCUUAAGAAAGUGGGUGUGUGUGUGAAUCAUCAAUCUGGGGAGGUCGUCUUCUAUGAUGCCACCACUAGCAAACACAUCUAUACUUUCCAAACUUCCUUUGAUGAGAUGGUCUUCCCCAUUUUCGGGCUCCAAGUUGCCUGCAGUCAUAUCACCCUGAGCCCUUAG